GCAGCAAACGAUCUGUCAUUUUAAUGCAAUUGAGCAUUACUGAAUAAUCAGCAAAUUUCGUUUUGCUGAACAGAUUGCUGGAAACACAGCACACCGAAAAUCAGCAAAAUUUUGCUGGUUUCCAGCAAUGAAAAUUUGUGUACAGGCACCUCCCACACAACAUUUAAAAGGCAUUUUGGUCACAAUUGAAAUAAUCUGGUAUAAUUGAGCAUCACCCGCAGGUAAACAAAGUUACCAGUAGCUGUCAAUCUCAGUGUACAGGCACCUCCCACACAACAUUUAAAAGGCAUUUUGGUCACAAUUGAAAUAAUCUGGUAUAAUUGAGCAUCACCCGCAGGUAAACAAAGUUACCAGUAGCUGUCAAUCUCAGCUCACCUCGUUUUGACCUGGAAGCCUCGUUUGACCUGGAAGCGAAGCGCACUGUAAAAUUUGUCAGCUUCAACCCACCACCGCACGUGCUAUGUGCUUUUGUGCCAGUAAGUCAACUCAAGCUCCGCGCGAGUAAGUUUGUGCGUUAUUUACACUUUUUUGUAAACAUGACAUCGUUAGUUAGUGGAAACUGUGUGGUGUGCGGUUUUGGGUCUUCGGACAACCGGAACUUAUGGAAGUGUGAGGGGUGUUCCCUACGAUUCCAUGCCGCGUGCGCAGGUGUUCAACGAAACAAGGAAGACCAGAUUAGGUCCUACAUGAUGCCAGCCUGCAAUGAUUGCCAGGAGCGAAUCGCGAUGGAAUUAAAUUUUCGUCACCUGUUACACCAGCAGGCUCUUCUUGCUGACUUAGUGAAAAAGCAUAGCGAAGCAAUACACAAAUCGACGUCAACAUUGCAGAAAAUUGGAAUCGUUCAAGAGGCACUCGAACGACAAGAAACUCUAUUCGAUGAACUAAAACAGGAGCUUUCGUCUGUUAAAAAAGUGAACUCUCCUACAAAAGUAGUGAGACAAAUCAAUAACCACGUGACGACACUUUUCGACGAUGCUAUAACUUCCGCUAAAGUUAACAUGACUGAGUCGCUUGGGAUACUUAGCAACUCGAUUACAAAUAAGCUGACCAGUCAUAUUGAUGAAAUAACUAAUAGAGUCGACGAACAGCUUGAAGCUGUUAAUGAAAAUUUGAUCGAUGUGGCCACUUCUAAGACUCAAUGUAGUGUUCCUGAAAUCUUGGAAGAAUUUCGAAUAAUUGGCAGCAGAAUUUCUGAGUACACGCCAAGAAUGAUGCCCAUCGAAAACAGCAUUGGCUAUCCAAGUGUGGCAGAGGAAAUAACUAUGGCCGGCCAGCCUUCAAAUGAUCUUCCAAACAGUGGAUGGCGUUUCCUUGGCUCGAGAAAAGUUUGGAAACAGGACUGGACAGCGUACGAUACAAAACUACAUCGUAUUAUGCAGCAGCAAAAACAAGCUGACAAAGCAAGAAAACGGAGGGCCAGAAGACGAAAUCAUUAUAGGCGUAAUAAUUACAACAGAAACAACAACCCUAGGCAUAACCAUAUCAUUCACAACAACAACAACGAUAAUAACAACAACUUUGUCAAUAACAAUAAAAAUAACUACAACAGCAAUUACUACAAUAAUAAUAACAAUUCCAACAACAACCGCAACAAUAAGAACUACUUCAACAAUAACAACAACAAUCAGAACCAGAAUCGCAACCUCAACUUUAACAGAGAUCUCGAUGAUAACCAUCAAAGUACCAAUCGAAACAAUUACAACUUCAACACCAAUAGUAACCGUAGAUAUACCAACCACAACCGUCACGUCAACAACAGUUUUUGGAAUAAUAACAAUAGCCCUAACUAUAACAUGGCCAACAGGCAACAGAAUAACGUCACCAACUCCAACAAUAAUCAACAACACACCAACUCUAAUCGUUUCCAUGCAAAUCAACUGUUACCACCUGACAGAGUGCUUCUUGCAGCAGCGAAUAACCGAUUCUCCAGACCUCAAUCAAACUUCAUUCCUACGAUUCAAUUUCAAAGAGGCGAAACUCUUAACCCAUACCCGGCGAACGACGAGUUUCCACUUUCUCAACCCCAGAUGAUCAGCGAUCCUGCACACCUUCCUACUUCACAAUGCAUUGCGUGCUCAUCUAGGCACUCGUGUCUUCAACGCAAUUGACUCACUCAUCAGAGGACCGUUGCUGGUGAUAAUUUUCUUCAACCUAGAGAUGUAGGAAAUGACACGACCUGCUCUGCUCUGGUAAACACUUCUGUUAAUAAUGACUCUCAUUCUUUAGCUUCUACACUCGAACACCCCACCACUACCGAGAUCUCUGUAUAUUGCCAAAAUUUUAACCGCAUGCGAGGCGCUCAUAAAAUUAACGAAAUUCAAAAAAAUGUACUAUCCUGUUCAUUUUCUGUUAUUUUAGCAACCGAAACCAGCUGGGAUGAGGGUGUUCGCUGCGAAGAAGUCUUCGGUUGCCGAUAUAAUGUCUAUAGAAAUGACCGUAACUAUCAAUUAUCUGAAAUGAAAUCCGGUGGUGGUGUGUUGAUUGCGGUGUCAGUAGACUUUAAUUCAGCGCUUAUCGACACCAUUCAGUUUAAAGAGUUCGAACAUGUUUGGGUGAAAGCAUGCAGGAGAGACACACGUAUUUGUCUCUGUCUAUUUCCCUCCAAAUAAUGCGCGGAAUGAAAUCUUUGAAAAGUUUCUUCAUGUUGUUGGAAAUAUUGCAUCUAAGCUGUUACCUGAAGUAAAACUCCACAUAUACGGUGAUUUCAACCAACGCAACAUUGAUUUUAUUCCGGACAACGAUAACCAUAGCAUUUUACUUCCUAUCAUUGGCGAAAAUGAAACGCUGCAACUUCUUUUUGAUAAAACCUCUAGUCUUGGUCUUAAUCAAAUAAAUCAUGUGAAAAAUGGACAAAAUUGUUAUCUAGAUCUGUUAAUGUCCAACAUUAGUGAAGACUUUUGUGUGACGAAUUCAUUACAACCAUUAUGGAAGAACGAAGUUUAUCAUACAGCAAUAGAGUUUUCUUUAUUUGUGCAUGUGAAUAAAAGACCUGACGAAUAUGAAUUCGAAGAUGUUUUUGACUUUCAGUCAGCAAACUAUGAUGAAUUAAAACAUAAACUAAAUAGUAUCAACUGGCAAGAUGUAUUGUUUGAAGACGGAAACGUCGAUUCGGCUAUAGAAAAUUUUUAUAACAUAUUAUCUGAUUUAUUUAUUAGCGAAAUAUUAUUGAAAAGAAUAAGACGUCAUGGCAAUUCCAAAUACCCAGUCUGGUACAAUAAACAAAUUAAAAACUUAAAAAACAAAAAACAAAAAGCACAUAAAAAAUACAAAACUCAUAAAAAUCGUGAUGCUUUAACAACUUAUCUUAACAUUUGCGGCGAAUUAAACGAUGCCAUUAGUAACGCGUUUGAAGAGUUCACAUUAAAGACUGAGCUUGAAAUCAAAUCCUGUCCAAAAAUUUUUUUCAAAUAUGUUAAAUCAAAGUUAAAAUCUGAAAAUUUUCCUUCAAAAAUGCAACUGCAUGACAAAGUUGAAGAGAACCCGGCAUACAUCUCUGAUCUAUUUGCUGAUUUUUUUCAAAACUAUACAACUUUCUCAGAAUCUGAUCGUGACUAUACAUUCUUCACCAACUUUCCUGAGUUUCCCAACUAUUUCAAUAUUGAACAUGUCAGCGCACGCGAAAUUGAAGAUACUUUAAAAGCUCUGGAUGCGUCUAAAGGUCCGGGACCAGACGGAAUUCCGCCAGCAUUCAUGAAACAUUCAGCUAAAGAGCUAACUUCUCCACUGUUCUUGAUUUUCAAUAUGUCGCUGGAAUCCGGUUGCUUCCCGAAAUUCUGGAAAAACUCAUAUCUAGUGCCUGUGUUCAAAUCUGGUAAAAAAAACCGACAUUAGCAACUAUCGAGGCAUAGCCAUUCUUUCCUGUAUACCUAAGCUUUUUGAAGCAAUAAUAAACAAAAAGUUAUUCCACCAAAUAAAAAAUAGAAUUACCCCAACGCAACACGGUUUUUUCAAAGGGCGCUCAACAACAACUAACUUACUCGAGUUCAUUAACGUCUCUUUGAAGGCAAUGGAUAAAGGUAUUUAUGUUGAAACCUUGUAUACUGACUUCAGUAAAGCUUUCGAUCGCAUUGAUAUACCCCUGCUUCUCUUCAAGUUACGAAAAAUUGGAAUUCAUCCACUAUUACUCAAAUGGAUUGAAUCGUAUUUGACAGAUCGUCAACAAACAGUCAAAUUUAAAGGUAGAAUAUCGAAACCUAUUCAGGUAACCUCAGGAGUUCCUCAAGGCUCUCACUUGGGCCCUCUACUAUUUAUAUUAUUUGUAAACGGCAUUUCCUUUAUUCUAAAACAUGUGAAAAUUCUUAUUUAUGCCGACGAUAUAAAACUUUUCAUUGAAAUUAAAAACGCUGAUGAUGUAAAUAUUUUUCGUAACGAGAUAAAAUAUUUUUACAUUUGGUGUAAAAAAAGCCUUCUUCAGUUAAACGUAAAAAAAUGUAGUUCGAUGGCUUUUGGCAGAAAAAGAAACAUGCCAAGCAAUAUUAUUUCCUUGGGAGAUCAGGUAGUAGAGAAAAGUGAACGAGUUAGGGACCUAGGAGUCAUACUCGACUCAAAAUUAACAUUCACUGAUCACUACAAUACAAUUAUUAAUAAGGCUAGUAACAUGCUCAGUUUUAUAAAACGUUUCUGCUAUAAUUUCCAAGAUCCAUACACAAUAAAAACACUUUAUAAUUCCUAUGUCAGGUCACUUUUAGAAUACUGUAGCAUUGUAUGGUCUCCGUUUUCUGCAACACAUGUAAACAGAAUAGAAUCAGUGCAAAAACAAUUCCUGUUAUAUGCACUUCGUAAUCUACGAUGGACGUCAUUUCCCCUACCAUCAUAUGACGAACGCUGCAGACUAAUUGACAUCCAAUCAUUAAAAGCCCGUCGUGAAUUCGCAAUGAUGUCAUUGGUAACGAUAUCGUAUCUCAACGUGUCGAUUCAGCCGAAAUAUUAUCAAAACUCAAUCUUUAUGUACCUUCUAAAAACUUACGACCUCGGACUUUGUUUUCUUUAAAUCAUCAACGAAACAAUUAUGCUAAAUACGGACCAAUUAAUCAAAUGAUGUUAGUGUAUAACCAACACUGUGAAGCAAUUGACUUUUCUAUGUCGAGAACUAAAUUAAAACAAUAUUUCAAUUCAACGCGCAAUUUAAAUCGAUAGAAAACAUUCAUUGUAAUAAUCCGUCAAGUGAAGAAAUUAUUAUUCAAUUAUGUAUAAA